UUCAUUGCAGUGGAAAGCAUCAAUGGCUUUGAUGGGAAGAAUGUGCCAUGCUUUUGACGUUUCCAAACCAUACAUUGCAAUGAUAUCCCUCCAGUUUGGCUAUGCUGGUAUGAAUAUCAUAACUAAAGUUUCUCUCAAUGGUGGGAUGAGUCACUAUGUUUUGGUUGUCUACAGACAUGCUGUUGCUACUCUUGUCAUUGCUCCUUUUGCCUUUUUCCUUGAAAGGAAGGGUCGACCCAGCAUCACAUUCUCUAUGUUUUGCCAGAUUUUCGCUCUUGGUUUGUUGGGGCCUGUAAUAGACCAGAAUUUCUAUUAUGCUGGACUGAAGUUCACCACACCUACGUUUUCAUGUGCAAUGAGUAACACUGUCCCUGCCAUGACCUUCAUAUUGGCUGCUUUGUUUAGAAUGGAGAAAUUGUACAUUAAGACAAUAAGAGGCCAAGUGAAAAUGGUGGGAACAAUAGUGAGCGUGGGGGGAGCAAUGUUAAUGACAUUAUACAAAGGCCCCAUUGUUCACAUGCUGUGGACUCCCAAACAUGGUCAUGGUCAUCACCACUAUCACAAUUCUGGCAUUACGAGCAAUAAGGACUGGACAAAGGGUUCUCUUCUCUUAAUUGCGGCAAGCCUUGCUUGGGCUGGCUUCUUCGUGCUACAGGCGAGUGUUCUCAAGAGGUAUUCAGCUCAACUAUCACUCACCACCUUGAUCUGUCUUGUGGGAACAUUCCAGUCAACGGCAGUCACUUUUGCUGUUGAAAGAUCAACUUCAGUGUGGACAAUAGGAUGGAAUAUCGAUCUUCUCGCUGCAGUCUAUGCUGGAGUAGUGACCUCGGGGAUUGCUAUCUACGUGCAAGGACUGUGCAUGAAGUUGAAAGGGCCUGUGUUUGCCACGGCAUUCAGUCCUCUCAUGAUGAUAGUCGUGGCGUUCAUGGGAUCCAUCAUUCUCUCCGAGGACAUCUUUUUAGGAAGUGUGCUGGGAGGAGUGGUGAUCGUAGUGGGUCUAUAUGCUGUGCUGUGGGGCAAACUCAGAGACCAGAAAACUUCAACCGAGAAUAACUGCAGCUUGCAAGAGCUUCCAGAUUUGCAGAGUAAAAAUGUCACUAAAUCAUUUCAUGACAAUUAUGAUGACUAUGCACUGGAAGCUGGCCAUGCCCAUGUCCCUGCCCCUAGAAAAGUUAUUGCACCUUAGAUUGUGGAAGAUGAUGAUGUUGUGGGUAGAGGAACAUAGAAUCAACUCUUGAUGUGGCCAAUGGCCAGUGAGGAACCUCCUCUCUUGCUUCCUCAAGUCUCCAUAUAUUCUAUUUCAAGACCCACUCUAUAAUUUUUUAACACAUCAUACCAAAAAAUGCUAUCCUCUAGUGUUCUAACA